AGAGGGGGAGUCAUUGUAAGAAACCUUUUUAAACUUAGACUUGAAUCCGUUUGGGAAGGAUAAAAAACAGACAGGUACAUUUCCAAUGAAGUGUAUUCACUUUUUGUAGUAGAUAGUGAAUUCUAACGUAUAUUUAUUCCCUCGGUAAAGUAUUAUGGACUAGCCCAUCACUGGCUAGCCCCUCAACAGCCGGCGUUCCGUGACACACGAGAUGAAAUGAUGUAACUUUUGCCGGUACCGGCUUUCCUUUACCUUCAACAGCACACCGACAAAAGGACGUCGUGUAGGGGGAACAUUCUCAAGCUUUUUGUUGAACAAAUGGCUCGGUUUCUUUAGUGUAGGUGAACAGACAGCGGGCACACUGCCGGUAAGUUACAGUUGUUUCUCCGGUAGACUCGGUACAGUAGUAGGACAGUAGAGGAUGAAUCCAGCUCGUCGCUGCUCGGCCUUAUUGAGGAGCCAGCUGUGUGUGUCCUCACGGGGAGGCCUGACAGCCAGGAGACCGGGAGCAGCCCCAGCCCCGGCGGGGACACGGUACUGUCAGUCCGGGGUCGGAGGAGGAGGAGGAGGAGGGGGAGUCAAAGCGACCUCUCCGCCGCUGAAGCCGACUCGAGCAUCCACCACCACUGGGACAGCAGCAGUUUAUCCAAUGGGUGGCAGCAGCAGCAGCAGGUUGUUUGGUACGUUGGCCCAGUCACUGAACAGCGCCCCCCUGGCCCAACCAGACCUAUACCCAGAAGAGAACCAUGACCAGGACCUGGUCGAGACCAACCCGGACCAGCUGCUCAGAGAGUGUGAGGAGGCCCUGCAGAGGCGUCCGGCCCGGCCACAUCGGGAUCUGGUCUGUCCCAGCGGCAUGGCGCCCUGCCCCCACAAGCACAACCCAUCGAUACGGAUCAUGCAGUGGAAUAUACUCGCACAAGCUCUUGGUGAGGGGAAGGACGGGUUUGUCCGCUGUCCACUGGACGCUCUCAACUGGCAGGAAAGGAAGUACCUGAUCCUGGAAGAGAUCCUCACCUACCGCCCAGACAUCCUGUGCCUACAGGAAGUGGACCACUACUACGACACUUUCCAGCCAAUCAUGGCCAGCCUCGGUUACCAUGGCACCUUCCUGGCCAAACCCUGGUCUCCCUGUCUGGACGUAGAGCAGAAUAACGGCCCCGACGGCUGCGCCCUGUUCUACCGCCGCUCACGCUUCUCUCUCCAGGCCACGGCUCACCUGCGUCUGUCGGCCAUGAUGCUGCCCACCAACCAGGUGGCCAUCGUCCAGACUCUGCACUGCCAGAUAACGGGCCGCCGGCUGUGCGUGGCCGUCACCCAUCUGAAAGCUCGUAGCGGAUGGGAGAGGCUGCGGAGCGCGCAGGGUGCCGACUUGCUGCAAAGUUUACGCAGCAUCACAUCCCACGCUGGCAGCCAGAACGAGGCGGCGCCAGGUGCCGUCCCUCUGGUGGUGUGCGGGGACUUUAACGCAGAGCCCUCAGAGGACGUUUACCGGCGCUUCAGCGCCUCCGCUCUCGGCCUGAACUCCGCGUACAAGCUGUUGAGCUCCGACGGACAGACGGAACCGGCCUAUACCACGUGGAAGAUCCGCCCCUCUGGAGAGAGCUGCAGCACUCUGGACUACAUCUGGUAUACCCACGAUGCUUUGAGUGUGGAGCGCCUGUUGGACAUUCCCACGGAGGAGCAGAUCGGCCCAGACCGCCUCCCCUCCUACCACUACCCCUCUGACCAUCUAUCACUGCUCUGUGACGUGAGCUUCAGGGAGGAGCCCCAUAGGUUGAUGUAGGCAGCCCUGGACCAAUAGGAGCACCGCUAGACGUGGACUGCUUGAAACAAUACUCCACCUUUACUGUAGAUCAGAGAGAGGACAGUGAACGUGACAUCAGAGUGUGAAUAAUUUGCAAUCAUGGGACACAAACCACUUUCUGUAAUGUUGCUAUUAUUAUUUAAAAGAUAGUCAUAAUGGGGGACAUUAGAAGAUCAUCACUUCUGAUGUACUUCUAGUUUUAACUUGGUAUUUGAUCCAUCGACUGUAGAGAUGGGUGAGCCUGUCAGUCCGCAGGUUCUUUGAGCUUUUUAACUAAACUCUCUGUUGUUUUUUUUAACUGAACUUCAGCUGAUAUGGCAGCUUAAGGGGUUCAUCUGCUGAACUUUGAAAACUGUAAACCAACUGCAGUUAAGAACAUUCUUAUUUCAUUAAUUUAUUACAUUAUUCUUUAUACUUUUUUUCAGUUGGUUAUACCAUAAUCAACCGUUUUUCCUUUAGUGUUUUUAAAUUUCGCAACCAUCCUCGAUGAUUCCUGUUUGACUUUGGUAAUCAUGACAAUGUUGUUGCUGUGACUACACUGAACAUGAGGAGAAAUGUUAAGAUAUAGAAAUAAAGUCACUAUUUUUACUCUUA